AUGGGAUAUUUAAGAAAUGAAAUUGAAUAUUUUUUUAAUAAAUAAUAUAAGUUUAGUAUUAUAUUUUAUGAAUUAUAAGAAAAAACAAAAAAUUAGAAGGAUUCUUCAAUUAUAUACUAAGAAAAAGACUUCAAAGUAAAAUUUAAAAGACUUGAAUAUGACACUUAUUAAAACUCGUAUUGUGGAAUAUGUUACGAAAGAAACAAUAAAUAUUAUCCUGAUGAUAUAUAAGAAUCAGGAACCAAAAUGAUUGUCUGCUACGGUUGCAAUUAAACAUGCCAUUUAUAUUGUUAUGGCUUAGACACUCCAAUAUAAGAAGAAAUAUUUGAUGAAAAAAAGACAAAAUAAGUUUAAGUAAUAUAAUAUUUCGUUUGCUAAAAAUGCCAACAUGAGAUUAGCCCUAAUAAAUUCCCAGAUUGUUUUUUGUGUAAUGAAAAAAAAGGAAUAUUAAAAUUAAUCGAAAACGAAAGAAAUAACGAGUGGGUCCAUAUUAACUGUGGUUUAUUUAAUAAAGGAUAGAUAUUUGUAAAAUGUUAUAGAAAAAUGACUUUUAUAAAAUAAAAUGUUAUAAAAGCAAAUGAUAAUAAAAAAAAUUAAAACACAUGCCGUUGUUGUAAAUCUGAUACAUCUCUAAUGAAAUCUUUCAAUGUGCUUAAAAAAUUUAAUAUUGAUGAUUCUCAAUAGGAUGUAUUAAAAGGAGGAUUAGUUGAGAUUUAAUGUCCAAAACACCAAAAAGAACUAAAAUACUGUGUCUGUUAAGCACUUUUGGGCGACUCUCUUAUGAUACAAUGUGAUCUAUGCGAUGAAUGGUAUCAUUGUUAAUGUAUAAAUAUGAAACAUACUGAAGUAGAUAAUAUGGAUAAAUUCAGAUGUAGUUUAUGUAAUGACUGUUAUAAAUAUACUUUAUGCGAUCUCAUUUUGAUGAUGAUUUAUGUAGAUAUUAAAUUCAAAACUGACAAUAAUAUGUAAGAAAUGAAUGAUGUUCUAUGUUAAAUCCCUUUAGUUUCUACACAAAUAGAAUAUUGUUAAAGAAUUAUGAGCAUUUUAACCUGUUAUGAAGAACUAAAAUCGACAUGGGUUGCAAUAGUUUCUAACUUUGAUUAACUCAAUGUCAGACCAAUAUAAAUUUAAGAUUAAUAAGAAUCUAAAAAAAAUGAAAAUGAAAAAAAAAAUAUAGUUAGUGAUGAAGAUAGAGAAUAGGCCCAAAAAAAGCUAUUAAAAAUGUUAUCAGAUAUAGAUAAAAAUUCUAUAUAAAAUAAUUCCGAAAAUGUUAAAACAUUAGAAAAUUAAUUAUUUGGGGAUUUUUAUAAAGACAGAAAUCUAUAUUUAUAGGAAGUUGAAUCAUACUUAACGUUUUUCUAAAUAAUAGAAAAAUAUCCUCUUGUUAAAAAAAAAUAUUUCCGAAGCUAAUUUAAUAUUAAAUUUAUAGAUUACCUAAAAAAAAAUCCUGAUAAAUUGCAAAUUUAAGAAGAGUAAAUAAACAAGAAAAUCUAAUCUAAAUAAGAAAAAAUGCAUAGAAAAUCAAGUAGUAUUGAAUUAUAAACAGAUAAUACGCCUUCAAGUAAUAAAAGUGAUAAGUACUUAACCAAAUAGAAUUAAAAAUUAAAUAAUUUAUAAUAAAAUUAUAAUGAAUAAAAUUCAGAUUUAAGCUUAGAAAAAAAAAAAAAAUUAACUUAAAGAAUUCCUAACAAAACUAAUAAAUAAUUCAUAAAAAGAACUUAGAAAAAUUAUUUAUAAGAAAAUAAAUUAAAAAACGUAGACCCUUCUUAUAUUUCUAAAUAAACUUUACAAAAUGAUUAAUAAAAUAAAAAUAAAAGUUUAUAAGUUACAAAUAAAAAUAAUUAAAGCCUAAAAAGAACUAAAGAAUUUAUCCUGAAAAAUUCUGAUUUAGAUAAAAAAAACAAUAAUUCAACACAAAUUAUUGAUUCUUAAAUUUAAUAAAAAUAAAGAAUAUGUAAAUAAGAACAAUAAAAUAAACAAUUAUAUAAUAAAUCUUCGAAAAAAGAUUAAAUUAACAACUAAUCUAUAGCUAAAAAUUAAACAACAUAAAAUGUAAACAAAUAAUUAAAUUAAAUUCAUUCAAAUGAUAAUUUAUUGUUUACAACGAAAUUAAAAUUGAAAAACAAAUGUUUUAUAAUAUAAUUUUAUUCAAAAGAGAAGAUUUAAGAUAGUUUAUUAAAAAAAAUAAAACCUUUAAUUAUUGAUGGAAGAUGUACAAGAAGAAAUAAAAUUAAAUAAAAACAAAAUGAAAUAGUUUUGUUGCUAAUAAACUUAAACAAGUGA